AUGGAGGAUAAUAAACAUAAUAAUCCUAAGACAAUUAUAAUAUCACAGGAUUUAGUUGAAGAGAUCUUUUACCAUCUUCCAAUAAAACCACUCGCUAGAUUCAAAGUCUUGUCGAAAAAAUGGAGAUCGAUGAUCGAAUCAACCUAUUUUUCCCACAAGCAACUUGUUCGUACAGAAUUACCAACCCCUAAUAUGAAACUUCUAGUUGUUAGCCAACAAUUGUCGGCCAAGUUUGAUAAACAAGAUUCAGACUCAACAACUUUGUGUUUGGAUACUUUUUCUAUAGAUGAUGAUCACAACAAUGGAAAAUAUUGUCCUUCUUAUUCAAAAAUUAUUCAAGUCUUGAGGUCUUGUGAUGGAUUGGUCUUGAUUCGUAUCUACGAUGAUUUUAGGUACAUUUACUUGAUCAAUCCGACGACUAAAGAACACAUAAAACUUUCUCCGGCAUUUUCGCAAUGGCCAUUUACUCUUAAAGUCAGGUUAGCCGCAACGCCCUAUAGAACAUGGAGAGAAGUUUCUCAACUAGUCUUGCUGAAUUAUGAAGGUGAAUUAGUGAAGAUGAUCCCGAGUCUUGCUGGAUUUGGCAAAUAUAUUGUUACAAAAUCAUAUAAGGUGAUUUUGAUAUAUCCAAGAGUUAAAAAUUGUGAUUGGGAUUGUUUCAAGGCCAAGAUCAUACCCUUCGAUAAUGGUAAGCAAAGAGACACAUGCUUUUAUUGUUUAGAUAAUCGUAGAUUCUGCAAAGAGAAACCAUCAGUCUACGCAAAUGGAUCCCUCUUUUGGUUGUUAGAUAAUACGUCGCACAAACCUUCAAUGCUACUAGCUAUCGAUCUUCAUACUGAAAAAUUUCGAUGGAUAUUGUUACCAAAGUGUUACUCCAAUUAUGCUACUAGUAUAGAAAUGUGGAGUCUCAAUGAUCGUUUGUGUCUAUCGGAUUUGCUAAACGGUUCAGAUUUGGGCAUUUGGAGUUUACAGCAAGAAUAUCCUCCUGACGAGAAAUGGAAGAAAAUAUAUCUUUUAAGUACCAGCCAGUUACAUGAAAAGUAUUGGAUGUUUGGUCUAGCGGCUGUCUAUUUUGGAAGUGUUAGAAAAAAUCGAUAUCAAGUUUCUUUGGCUAGACAAAGAACAAUUUUUUUUUCGCCGACAAUAAUUUCUCCUACAAAUUUGAUGCUUUGAUGUUGUUUUGACUUUCACUUGGUCAAAUCAAAACUGUUAAGUUUUUUAUAAUAUUAUAUAUAAUUUA